UGUGAUUGGAUUUUCACGACUUUAAUCGAAAUCAAGCACGCGUACUCGAGGUUGGCGGCUUUGGUCGAAGAAGGGAACUUUCCGAACCCAAAUACUUUGCAGACUGACUCUUUCACUUCAGACAAUGAACGACAACAGUGAAACCGUAGCUUUUCGAACAGAGAAGAGUGAUGACAAUGAUUUGUCAGAUAUCUGGGAUGAUACAGCGCUGAUCAAAGCCUACGACAAAGCAAUCAAAUCCAUCAGGGGUGGAGGCGGAGCCAGAGCCAGUAAUGAAGAAAGUGGGGGAGCCGAGAGCGGCAGAAAGUCUGCGAGCAGAUCAGGCCGACGCAAGAAAAGAAAGCAUUGGAGUCACAAGAAGAACAAGAAGAAACGCACGUGGCAAGUUGGUGACCGAUGCCGUGCAAUCUACACAGAGGAUGAGUACAUAUAUGACGCCAUGAUCAAGCUGAUUGACCGGGAUCGAGCCACGUGUUGGAUCACGUUCGUCGGCUACGGGAACGAGGAGGAGAAAGACCUUGAUGACCUCAUGUCAGCAGGGUCAGAGGCAGCCUCGCCGACGCGACCCGUCAAUGGAGACUUUGAGGCUGGCUACGAUUCCAUGGAGUAUCCAAACCACAACCAGAGUCCUGCACCCUCAGGGUCGGAGGUCAGGGGUCAUACCCACAAUGCCCAUCAUCAUGACAAUCACUGGCAGCCAACUCAUCAGUCCUUCAUGCCGCUUGGGCCCCCUCCAAUGCACUGGCCACCGCACCCAAUGACACACGGCUUCACUCCUCCUGGUUUUCCCCCGUACCCACCUUUUCAUGGAAGUGGCUACAUGCCGCAGGGUUUGGCCAUGCCAGUGCCCCCUAUACCCUCGUCACUACCCCCUCCACCACCCCUGCCCAUAUCCCCAGAGGUACAUCAAGGGGACGAGGAGGCCCUGCAUGCCAUGCUGAUGUCAUGGUACAUGAGUGGCUAUCAUACGGGAUACUAUCAGGGUUUAAAACAAGCGAGGUCCACCAGCCAGUCUGCAUCACCAAAGAACCAAGACAGCCACAUGAGACCAGCAACAGGGGGCCAGUCACGACCAAGAAACAGUGGGGCACAGUCCAGAUAGCAGCAGAUCAACUAUAGUUUACCUGCCCUACCUUCAACUUUUUUUCAAUUUGUGGACCGUCGCCUCCCCCCCCCCCCCCCCCCCACAACCAGUGUCGCA